AUGCCGGUAUCGCCCGAGGCCACGCCGUCUCCCGGCUCGAAACCGUCUUCCCCCACGCACAAUGAAACGCCGCUCCAGCUCGAGCGCCAGCAACUGGCCGAGCAGACGCGCGCGAACAUUGAGAAGUUCGUCGACGGCCUCAUGAGCGACGAGUUUUCGCUCGCGCAGCUCCUGAACGAGAGCUUUUCGCCCGAGAUGCUCGAGUUGCUGUUUAAGCGCAUGACGAAUCGGCUACGUGGUAUUUUAUUCUCCCAGGAAAAGACGCGGGAGCUCAUUCGCUUGGCACUGGACGUGACGUACCCGUCGCACACACGGGCAAUGGCUACACAAUUCAUUGUCGUGGGUGGGGCCGUGAAUGCCAUUGCAGCGUGCGAGCCAAUGGGCGCCACGCACGAGUGUGACGAGUUCUGGGACCUUCUGUUUUGUACGUUGCAUCGAGAAGCCGAUGGCGUGUUGUCGAAAUGCGACACGCCGUCCCGUCGCCAAGAGCGACAGGAGUCGGUGGCUGAGAUGGAGGAGCUCAUCCAAGUGGCGGUGCAAGUGUUUGAGAAGGACGGGGCCCAGACAUUGCAGCAGAGUUUUGCCGACCACGAGGAGGAGAUUGAGAAGAAGAAGGAGGAAAAGAUACUAGAUGAGCGAGAGCCUCAGCAAAAGCAGCAGCAAAAGCAGCUGGCUGACCGAAGGAGAUCGUCGGCGAGCUCGCCGACGGCAUCGGAGAAUGAUGGUACCAAGGGCUUUUUUCGAGCUGUUCAGUCUCCUUUGCAGUCGCCUGUCAAUGGCGAGUUACUGCUGCUUGGUGCACGAGAGAGAAGAGACGACAAUGUGCUACGGGGUAGCACGGAGAUCAAGAGUAAGGUCAUAUCGGACAAUGGAGAGGGGUUGGACGUGGAAGAACCAGAUGAUACGGGCAUUCCAGCCCCAUUGACGACCGAAGUGAAUGCAACCGCCAUGUACGGCAUCUUUGGCCACGACUCAGCCAACUUUGCGUCGCAGAUCUUGCGCUACUUUGCUAUUAGAGGACAGAAAGGAGCCUGCAUCUUGCACUAUUUGGCCGACCAUCCUGCGACGGUAGACAUGCUGCUGGCCAAUGUCGGCCAUGAUGAUAUCCGCACGCUGCUCCUGCACCUCAUUUACGCAGAGCACUCGGAGGCGGCCAUCACGUCGCUGUUUGAAACGCACAUGAUGCAGAAGUUGAUUCAGAAACAGGUGACCUUUUCGCCGCCACGCAACGCUUUUGAGCGAGACUGCAUUGAGAACACCUUUAUGUUGCUGCGAGAGAUCGUCCAUGCACCGUAUUUGACAGGACGCGGUGUAGCAAUCUCGGCUAAGACCAUCCCGCUGGACAAGAUUACUGGCCAGGAUGAGUACGUGUCGAUCUGCGGUGCCUCGCGUGAGACCGCCAACUCAGCGUUGCGAAAAUACACGUCGCGCAAGGUGCGUCGUCUUAUCCACUUGUUUAUGCAGGAGCACCAGGCGGCACUGGAGCUACUUUUUGUGCAGAUGAUGAAAGAGCUGACGUUCUGGAGCAUACCGCUGACACGUGAGCGGCAAGGCAGUGUAGCUUCCCUUGAGUCCCUGAUGCUGCUGUCGCAGGGCCACCCGCGCCCGACGUGUAUCAUGAUGCUGAUGCAUCUCUUUGAGCUAACCGAGACAAUAGAAUUUACUGACGCGCGGAGCGCAGGCGGCAAUCCGGCAACAUCCGUGGGUAUUGACUGCCUCAACUUUUUGUGCUCUACGCACCUUAUGCGUAAGGGCAAAUUGCUGGUAAAGAAAAAACUGAAGAACGAGCUGCAGCUAUGUCAGGUGAGUUUGAACUGCAUGAUGGGACUCCGGAUGACAGCACUGCGCGAAGAUCAGCAAGGCUCGUCACCCAGUCUGGACCAAGCAUUUACUCCGGCUCUAGGCAAUCAGGUUGUAAUUACGUUGGACGAGAUGGAGAGUGUACAAAGCUCGAAGUGGCACAACUUUGGUUUCAGCGUGACUGUGAAGAAAAUAGUACAAGAUGCGUGUAAGAACUCAUCAAGUUCGCGCCAAACUCAAGAGACUCCUGCGAACGCGAUGGUACAUCACCAACGUCGUAGCGGACAAGACGAUAAUUUAAUGAUGGAAGUGAAAUCUACCGAGUACUUCGCAGCGUCAUCUGAUGAAGAAAAGCAAGCGUGGAUGACUCUGUUGCAGGCAGUGAUUGACGGUGAUUUGAAUGAAUUGGAAAUCUUCUGUAGUGAUGACUGGCGCAGCAAUGUGCGCGAGUAUCGUCGGUUGCGCGAGUGCCUAAUCACAUGUAUGGAGCGCAAAGGACACGAGCUGAUGGUUUUUCUGAAGCAGGUUAUCACUUUUAACACCCGCAAAGUAUCGGGCUUUCAUCUCUGGCUGGUUGUUCAAUGUUUCAACUCCGUGUUGUCGAACGAAUCGAAGCGUUUGGACCGGAUGUUCGUAGGUGCUCAUGUGAUCACCACGCUCAUUACGUGCUAUGAGAAAUACCCGAUGUGGAAUCUGCUGCUUGGUGAAAUCACUAAAAUGUUGAUAUUUUGCAUCGGCGAUUUAAAAAAUAAGCGCUCACGCAGGUGUCCAAUCAUUGGGCGUAUCCUGCAGACCGAGGGCCCGGACGCAAAAUUGGCGCCUUUGCUCUGCAAAGUAUAUUUGAACCGAGAUACGGCCGGUAGCAGUGAGGGAGGGGACCAUGGCAGCAUGGUGGGUACCGAUGCUAUGUCUAAUCUGAAGCUGAUUAUGGAAGCUCUUAAGAUGUGCUACAAGGAUCCGAAAACAAGGAGUCAGGAACGUAUUCAAUGUGAUAUGAAGGUCAAUCCAGUAUGGCGGGAAUUGAUAAAGGCAUCGGAUGAUCUGGCAAAGAAGGAUCCUUCCAGCUGCAUCUUGAAUACCGGAACACCUCCCGCAAAUGCGUUAAACUCGACGACCGUGUCAAAUGGAUGUGCUGCACCCGCACAUCCGACGUUUCAAGAAGAAAUUAUCAACCACAUCAUUCGGCCGAGCUAUUCCACCGCGCACGGCUUUGGCUCCUCCUUCUUAGAGGGUGAUGGCUGUGCUUUCGGAUACUUGUUUAAACAACGUUACGGUGGACGCGAGUGGAAGAAAGCGCUCGUCGUGUACGAAUACGACUCGCAUAAGCUGUGGUAUUUUUAUCCGAAUGAAGUAGACGAGACCCAUGCGAUCAAGUGGAAAUGGAUCGUUCCGCUAUCCGUCCGCAGUCGUUACACACACGGUCAGGACGAGACGCACACGUCAGUGGGCCAUCAUGGUCUUUACAUCAAAGCAUACGAUCACCAGCAAAACGAUGAGGAGAGCAAGGUAUCGGCAAAGGAGAUGCAUUUCAGUGUCACCAAAUUAGAAGAUCGAGAUUUGUGGAAAGAGCUGCUGUCGAAGGCGGCGGAUGUUAUUCACGAGAUGGGCCGCGAUUAUUUAGUUUUGUCACAGAAGCUAAAGAAGCCCGACAAGAAGACUGUCACGCACUGUCAGGAUCCGACGUGCAAAAUGCCAUUCAAGCUCUUUCGUCGACCGCACUCGUGCAAGCGUUGUGGAAAGUGGAUGUGUGCUAAGUGCGCGUCGCAGCGCAUGUCGAUUCCCGAAGUGGGUUUGCUGCAUCCGGUGCGACACUGCCGCGCGUGUUUUGAAGCUCAUGGUGGUGCACACGCUGAGGUCGAGCCUUUCAAUCUGUUUCAUCUCACACCACGGAACCAAAGUAGCACAAAUGGUGCGAAUGCAGGCCGCGCGACGAGGAAGGGUCUACACGAUGGCGCCUUGUCCAAUGCCGAGCUGUAUGAACUGGCGCACGGCAUGGUGUCUCCGCGCACGUUGAUGCAGAUGAACCGCCGCUUGACGCGACUGAGCUCGAUCGAGUCGCCGACAGCAGUGGAGAAUGGUGGCGGUUUUCACGUCGAUGAGGUAGAUGCCCCGGGCAACAACUUUGGCACUGAGAACCUCGAUAUGUUUGCAGACGAAGAAGAGGAAUUUACGCUGUUUUCGCUCUCCGUGUCACGCCGAAGUCUGCUGCACCCUCGAGAAGAUAUUCGUGGGUAG